AUGUCACUGGGGGCGCUUUGUACAGAUGCAGCCGGUGCGUUUGAAGUUUGCGGUUGCCAAGCGACGCCGAACGCCACAGCAAAAGAAACACGCUGCUUUAUUUAAUGUGAGGCUGCCCUCAAACAGGGUUUUCCGGAACCCGACCCGGAUGACAGUCUUCAUAAAUGUCGCUAUGAGCUUCAUAAGAUGACCGUGACACACAGCAAGCUGGUCUUAGGUGCGGUAUUUCCAUUUCUCAGAUAAGCGAAGACCACAGCAACCGUCCUGAUGGCAUCAGAGUCUGUGAAGGUUGUCGUCAGAUGUCGGCCUCUGAACAACAGAGAGAAGGCGAUGAACUGUAAAAUUGUGGUGUCCGUUGAUAGCACUCACUGUCAGUGUUUCAUUGAGAAACCUGGGGACACGGAGGAGCCCCCCAAACAAUUCACAUUUGACGGGACUUAUUAUAUAAACCACUCCACUGAAGAGGUCUAUAACGAGAUCGCGUAUCCUCUGGUGGAGGGUGUAACUGAAGGCUACAAUGGGACCAUUUUUGCUUAUGGACAAACAGGCAGCGGUAAGUCGUUUACAAUGCAGGGUGUACCAGAUCCUCCUUCCCAGAGAGGAAUCAUCCCUAGAGCUUUUGAGCACAUCUUUGAGACAAUCCAGUGUGCAGAGAACACGAAAUUCCUUGUAAGGGCCUCUUACCUGGAAAUCUACAAAGAGGAAAUCAGAGACCUUUUGGGAAAAGACAUCAAACAGAAGAUGGAACUGAAGGAGCAUCCUGAGCGUGGAGUAUACGUGCGGGAUCUGACCAUGCAGACGGUGCACAGUGUUGGGGAAUGUGAGCGGGUGAUGGAUCUGGGCUGGAGGAAUCGUUCUGUGGGAUACACACUCAUGAACAAAGACUCAUCUCGCUCACACUCCAUAUUCACCAUUCACCUGGAGAUCUGCAGUACAGAUGCUGCUGGUGAAGAACAUCUGCGUGCUGGGAAGCUCAAUCUGGUGGAUCUUGCCGGUAGUGAGCGACAAUCUAAAACAGGUGCUACUGGAGAUCGUCUUCAAGAAGCCACCAAGAUCAACUUGUCUCUUUCAGCCCUUGGCAAUGUCAUAUCUGCUUUAGUGGACGGUCGGUCAAAGUACAUCCCAUACCGUGAUUCUAAGCUUACCCGUUUGCUUCAGGACUCUCUGGGCGGAAAUACUCGUACCCUUAUGGUGGCUUGUCUGUCGCCUGCCGACAACAAUUACGAGGAGAGCAUAAGUACUCUACGUUACGCCAACCGUGCAAAGAGCAUCCAAAAUCGUCCUCGCAUCAAUGAGGAUCCCAAAGAUGCUCUCCUGCGUGAGUACCAGGAGGAGAUCAAGAAGUUGCGGGCAGUAAUCUCUGGGCAGUUGGGAUCUGGCAACCUCAGCUCUUUUUUGGCAGGUCAGAAAUCAGGAGACGCUCCAGCUGUUGUAUCGCGACCCCAGAGCAACACGUCAGAGAGUGAAGCAGAGAAAGACAAGAUAAAAGAGGAAUACGAGAAGAAACUGGCGAGGCUGCAGGCAGAGUAUGAUGCCGAACAAGAGUCCAAAGUCAAACUCCAGGAGGACAUCGCUGCUUUGAGAACAUCAUAUGAGACCAGGCUCUCUUCUUUAGAAAGGUCCAGAGGUAGUCGAACACACACUACCGGUGGUGUUCAUCUAGAACAACAUAAAGAAGAGCCCAUCACUGCAUCUGUGGCUUCACAAGAACAGGCCAAUAUUGACCACAGUGAACCUGAGGAGAGACCAUCUUCUGUUGAUGCCAUUGUCAAAGGAGCUGCCAGUGGAGAAAGUCCAGUUUUAGAUUCGGUUGUAGUUGACAUACCAGGUCAGCUGGACCAGAGGCAUGCUUUAGAGAGGCUGCAGCAGCUGGAGCAGGAGUUUGUGGGUGGCGAGCAGGUGAGGAAUGAGGAGCUCAAGCAGAGACACAAACAGCGAAAGACUUUGGCCGACCAGAGGAAAAAGCAGCUGAUUGAAGCUCUGAACCAGAGCAGUGAAGAUGGUGACAGUGUGCUGCUGAAUGUAUACGACUCCAUUCAGGAGGAAGUCCAUGCCAAGAGCAGACAUCUGGAGAACACGCAGAAGAAGCUGAAAGCUGCCAAGCUGGAGAUCAGAGACCUUCAGGCAGAGUUUGAGAUGGAGAGAAAUGAUUAUCUGGCCACCAUCCGGCGUCUGGAGCGGGACGGCCAGCUCCUACAAGGAAUUUUGGAGCGUAUGGUGCCCCUGGUGCGCAGGGACUGCAACUACAGCAACCUGGAUCGCCUGAGGAAGGAGGCGGUGUGGGAUGAAGAGGGAGGAACCUGGAGACUACCGGAUGUGCUGGUGCAGAAAACAACCUUACCAGCAGUGCCUCCUUCUGGUGUCAUUGCUCCUGGCAGGCUUUCAGCACGCAGGAACUCUGCCUCAGAUCUUGCUGACCCUUUUGUGCAGGAAGAGGAGCAAGACCGAUACAAGGAAAUGUUGAACCGCAGUGAAAGUGAACACAUCGCCACCAACUACUUCAGACCAAAAAGAACCAGUCAGCUGCUGGCCACCGACUCUGUGAAAAACUCAAUGAAUUUUUCAGCUUCAGUUAGUAACGGCUCAGCCCACCAGAGCUCCAGUGGGUCCGGUUUGUCUUCGCUAACCGUAGAAUCAAUUCUUCCACGUCCCUUCCGUUUAGAGUCUCUGGGAGUCCCGGCUUCACAUGGCAAAGUAAAGCGCAAAAAGAGCAAGACUCUUAUUUCAACAGAUUACUAGUACAUAUAUAUAAAAAAUCGCCCAGUUA